AUGGCGACGAGAACGUACCGGGAAGCGGUCGACCAUCUCAACUCGCUGCAGUCCAAUGCCGCGACCUUGGAAGCGGUUCGGGCCUCAGGUGGGCGGCUUAGCCAGUUUGCCAUCCCCGAGAUGGUCGAGUACUUGGGUAGAAUAGGGUACAGCACGUCCGACUUAAACAAGUUGAACGUAAUUCAUAUCACCGGCACGAAGGGCAAGGGCUCUACCUCCGCUUUCACAGACUCUAUCAUUCGUCGUGCACGCCCGGACUGGAAGACUGGGUUGUACACUUCGCCGCACCUGGUGGCCGUCCGUGAACGUAUUCGCGUCAAUGGCGCACCAAUAUCGGAAGAAGUGUUUACGAAAUACUUCUUCGAGGUCUGGGACAAACUGAAAGAUAAUACAAAGACCGUGAAUCCACAAACGCCGCUCAUGCCUGGUUAUUUCCGUUUUAUCACGCUCCUCGCUUUACAUACGUUCCUUGAGCUUCAAGUCGACGCGACGAUCUUGGAGGUCGGCGUGGGUGGAAGAUACGAUAGCACCAACAUCGUUCCUAAGCCGAUCGUGACCGGAAUUACCGCGCUCGGUUUAGACCAUACCGCUAUUCUCGGCAAGACCCUGCAAGACAUUGCAUGGCAGAAGGGCGGCAUCUUCAAGGAAGGUGUCCCAGCGCUGACAGUCGAGCAACCGGAGGAAGGCGUGACGGUGCUACGGGAACAAGCGCAAGAAUUGAAGGCGUCCGAGUUUGUUAUCAUCCCACAAGUGACGGGACUUUCGGAAAUCAAGCUCGGUCUGGCGGGAAGACAUCAGUACCAGAACGCGACCCUCGCCGUGCACCUUGCCAAGAAAUUCAUUGCCACGCAGACAUCGGAUUCCCUUGAGGGCGACCUCCCGCCCGUGUUCGUCGAAGGACUGAAGUCUACGAAGUGGCCGGGACGCUGCCAAACGGUCACAGAUCCCACACACGCAGGCACCACCUGGUUCCUCGACGGAGCGCACACCCUCGAGAGUCUGCAAUGCUGCAUGGAGUGGUAUGUCAGCCCUGAUGCCGCGCUCAGGACAUCUCCACAGUUUGAAAAUCGCUCACGCGUCCUAAUUUUCAACUGCACAAAUGGCCGCUCUGGGAACACGUUCCUCGGCGCGAUGCUCAAGGGCGCAGCGGAUCAGCUCAAGACACAGGGCGCCGCCGAUACAGACACUGCGGCGUUGUUUGACCAGGUCGUUUUCUGUGCCAAUGUCACGUACGCGGACGGCGGGUUCAAGGGCGACCUAACAACGCUCGCUAUCCCCGAGGCUGACCUCGCGCAUCUGAAGACGCAACACGAACUUGCCGACGCGUGGGCGUCCCUCGUCCCGUCUUUCCCGAAGGAGAACAUCCACGUCCUCCCGUCCAUCGAGCACGCUGUGAACGUCGUGCGCCAGUUGGGCGCUUCGGCUGGGAAAGAUGUCGACGUCCUCGUCGCCGGCAGCUUGCACCUCGUCGGGGGAGUCAUCGAGGUCGCUGGACUGUCGGACGUCGCUCUUUAA